AUGAAAGCGCUGGUAUAUCAAUUCGUUCUCGCCUCAUCCUUCUUCCUGGCCCCGUCUGAGGCACAUGGCGACCAUGGAACGUGCAAAGCCUUCCCUGGUACCACCGCCUGGCCACCUGAAGAGACUUGGACCCAAUUCAAUCAGUCUACUGGGGGAAAACUUAUCAAACCAAGGGCUCCUCCUGGAGCUGUCUGCCAUCCAGGACAGCCCACCUACAACGCCAACAAGUGCGUCAUCGUCACUGCAGCCUGGUCAACCUACGACUUCCACGUCGCCGAUCCCAUUUCAAACAUGUGGCAGCAAUUCAAUAAUGACACCUGUCUGGUUAACCCAUAUACUCCAUGUAGUAGUGCGGGAUAUCCUGCCUACGUCGUGAACGCAACGACCCCCAUGGACGUGAAGCUAAGCUUCGAGUUUGCACGGAAACACAACAUUCGUGUUGUCGUGAAGAGUUCCGGCCAUGACUUCCAAGGUCGUUCGCAGGCGCCAGGGGCUCUAUCGAUCUGGGUUCAUCAUAUGCAGAGUGUCGAGACACAUGAGACGUUUAAACCAACUGGUUGCAACUUUACGAUCGACAGCCCCGCCGUAACUGUAGGCGGCGGUUCCCCGCUCAGUCUCGUUUAUACCGAGUUAGACAAGAUCAAUCAGACUAUCGUAGGCGGGGAUUCACGAUCAGUCAGUGUGGGUGGUUAUAUUACCGGCGGUGGUCAUUCAAUUCUGAGUCCAAAAUAUGGCAUGGGAGCAGAUAGCGUUCUGGAAGUCGAGGUUGUCACGCCGAUGGGCGAGGUUCUUACUGCCAACGAGUGCCAAAAUGAAGAUUUGUUUUGGGCCAUGCGGGGCGGUGGAGGAUCGACUUUCGGCGUCAUGACCUCGGCGACCAUAGCUACCCACCCAACGCCAAAGCUAGUAGCAGGGCUCAUUGGAAUUCUGAGUCCUGAUGUCAAAGCACCUUGGGUUUGGGACAUGAAUGGUUAUGUAGCCUCUCAAUUCCCCUACCUCAUGUCAAAGGACGUAUCGGGCUACGUAUACUUUGGAGAAAACUUGAGCGGACCAGAUGGCAAUGGUGGCAUUACCAACUAUGCAGGUGUGGGUGGUGAAUUUGUGAUUCUAGAUACCGACGAUAUCAGUGAUAUGGCGGCCAUCUGGGAACCUAUCAUUGCUCAUGUCAAUGCUACCUGGCCCUCUGCAAUUUCCGCGAUCUCCGUCUUUCCGUACCCAUCCCUCAAAGCUUGGUUCGAUGUAUGGUACGACAAGAACCCGGCAGGUUACGAUCAAUAUGUUGGGUCUCGUCUUCUGGAUGAAAAAGCUCUUACGACAUCUGACCCCGCCGAUAUCGGGCAAGCUUUCAAGCUCGCGUCCGGAUCAGCAUAUCUUGUAGCUGGGAAAGGUGUACAUAAUGCCAAACCAAGAGGUGGUAGUACCGCAGUUACUCCAACCUGGAGAAGGGCCGUUGUCCACGCCGUGACCGGGCAUUCCUUUCUUCCACUUAACGCUACCGCGAGAGCCGAGGCUAUCGACAUUGUCAAUGCUAGAACUGAACCCUACCGAAAGCUAGCGCCUGAUAUGGGAGCUUAUGUGAAUGAGAAUUACCCUUACGAGCCGGAUUGGCAACAUACGUUUUGGGGAGAGAAUUACGAGCGGCUCCUCGAAAUCAAAAGGGCAGUUGACCCAGAAGAUGUCCUCUGGUGCAACCCAUGUGUUGGUAACGAUCGAUGGGAGCAAGUUGGGUACCGUCUCUGUCGCGUCGACAGCGAAGGUCAAAGCCAAGAUAACAAUCAGUAUUCCAUGGGUGUAUAAAUGGUUAAGAUAAACCAGAGCUACAGCUUUUCAAAGUCAGAGCGGUAUAUAGAGUAGACGCAUUCUGUACCCCUUCAACCCAUUGUAUUCCCAGCUAGUCAUUCAGAUAUAUCCACUCUACUUCGCUGGCAGUUUAUCCAACACCGUCGCAUUACCUGUGAUCUCGAAAUCCCAGCUUGUACGAUCAUCAACGUCCAAUACUAAUUUGUAUUUUGCAGGGUAUAGUGUCAGUGCCCCAUUGGCGUCACUUCGCGCAACACUUCCAAUUUUGAUGUCAAGCUUCCCGGUAGCAGUAUCACCAGGCUUGAUAUCAUGCAGUCUUAUAAAAGC